AUGGAUCCCCAUCCUACGCACAUCGAGUCUAAUUCUGCAAAGAAGUCCAGAAGACGAUGCCGCUUCUGGAUUGACUACAACGAGGAAGUGAAACAUUUAGUCGAGAUCGACUAUAGCACGCGUGAACGCGAAAAGCAAAUCACAAAAAUCGUCGACGAUGGCGGCUUCAAGAUCAGAGUCUUUUUCGUCGCUGCUUCAGGCUUCCUUGCGUCCUCUUAUUCUCUCUUUUCUGUUGACAUCUUGUCCAUUGCCCUCUUUUAUGUUUAUCCACCUUGUAACAGGCUCGGACAAGACCCUGGCCUCAUCAUCGAUGAACUCACCCUGACCGGCACGAUCUUGGGGAUGCUCUUGAUGGGACAUCUUGCUGAUCGAUCGGGAAGAAAGAAGUGGUAUGGAGCCGAGUUGACGAUUCUGAUCGUCGCUACCAUCGGCAUGGUGCAGGCUUCCGAAGGCUAUACAGCCGUCAAAAUUACAAGAAGUUCAAUGAAUAUAUAUUCCUGGAUAGCCUGGUGGAGGUUCUUACUCGGAUUUGGUAUAGGGGCAGAAUAUCCUCUAUCCAGUAUCAUUACUGCGGAGUGGGCAUCGACCGAAUCCAGGGGAGUCAUGCUCUCGGCAGUCUUCUCCAUGCAAUCAGUAGGACGUCUCCUAUCUUACACAGUCAGUCUGGGCGCCUUGCGCGGGUCAAAUCCGGGUGAUGAUGAAGAAACAAGAAGACUAGCGAUAGACAGAGUAUGGCGAUGGACAGUUGGAGUUGCUCUUAUUCCUGCAGCUAUCGCUAUAUUGCUUCGUUUAACCAUACCCGAGACUCCAAGAUUCUAUGCUGGAAUCAUGAAGGAUCCACGUAAAGGUGUUUCAAAUGCGAUGAAACUGUAUGGACGGAAUAAAAGCAUUCAAGAGGUUGGUAGAGAGACCGAUCUUUCGACAGGCGGAUCAAAGGAUGAAGAAGAGCCGUGGUAUACUUGGUACGGAAAGGCGUGGGAUUACUUAACUGGACCAAAGAAAGGAUGGAGACCCUUGGUUCUCAUAUCCCUUCUCUGGGCUAUCAUGGAUGUUCCCUGGUACGGCUUGACGAUGGACUUGAGCAAUACGUUGGCCACGUUGGUUCAUGAUCCAAGUUCCCCGACUGGAGUGAUGCGACACUUUCGACGGGCUUCCGGUGAUGGUGUUGAAGGAUGCGGAGAUGACCCAUGGAACAAAGACUAUUGGAAUCCAAACAACACCAUCUCCAAUAUGAUCGAGCAAAACGCCAUCAGAUCCAUUGUUGUUGUUUCUAUUGGCUCACUUGUUGGUAGCAUCGGGUCAAUCCUUAUUAUUGACUUCUUCCGAAGAAAGGUGAUUCUGAUUGCGACAUUCCUGGCCAUCACAGUCCUUCUUGCUAUCGCCGGAGGGACGCUCCUUGGUAGUGAAGCUAGCGAUCCUCACCACGCCGCUGUCGUCUGUUAUGGCAUCCUUCAAUUCUUCUUCAAUUUGGGUCCCAACACCCUCAUCUUUGUGCUAGCCGCGGAGAUCUUCCCAACUACUUAUCGAGGAACAUUCAACGGCAUAGCCGCAGCUUCAGGCAAGGUCGGUGCUGUUAUUAUCCGCGUUAUCAUCUUUACAACAAGACACGGGGACAAGGAAAAAAGUCUUGGGAUAAGACUUCUUGCUCUAAUGCCUUUGAUGCUUGUAUCUGCUUGGCUGUCUUGGUAUCUACCCGAUGUGCAAGUUAUUCCAAAGGCUAAACCUGUCGAAACGGUGUCUGAGCAGUGCGAAGCAGACAGUCAGAACUUGCCUCCUUCACCUAUGCUUCAGGUUGAGACCCCACACUCCGAUGCUGUCUCGGUAAUCUCUUCGGACAGUCGCUCUUUGUCAGUUCCAAGCAAUGAAAAUAGUAAGGGAUUUCGUCUGCUGGAAAGACUUAAGAAUAUACCACUUGAGGAUAUUGCGCGGAAUCCAGGCCAAUCCAAGACGGGUCAGAUAAGCCCUGCGCGAUAA